AAAUAUGGACAAAUAUAAAACUAAAAAACCGCGAAAGAUUCUGAAAGUGAAACCAUCGAAAUACGAAAGUUCCGAAACGAUUCAAAAUAACAAGAAAUAUUGGAGCAGUGUCUUUGAUGAGUUGUCCCAAAAGGACACAACUCGUAGAUUGAUAAAAGAAUCUUUGUUAUCAUUCCGAAAAACUAUUCAUAUAAAUAGAGAGUUGGACUCUGAUACUGACGUCGAGUUUAUCUCAAGUGAUGAAGAAGAAAAAAAGGCACCGAAUAUUCAUAGGACUUUUUUACAGAAAUCAGUCAGAGAGCAAAUAAGUUGGGCUACACAUUACCUUGAACCGGAGAAGGAGGAUGAAAAGAGCCUUAUUAAAAAAGCAGAUGAUCUUACUGACAGAAUAGCACAAAAUUUCUGUGAUUAUAUGAAACAAUUAGGUGGCGACCAACAUUCACAACUCUUCACACCGAAAGCCAUAAAAGAACUGUUUCAGGUUGAAUUUGACACCCAUGUGGCUCGUAGUCUCCAAGUUGUGCCGAAAGAGUUAUCCACAGUUGAGGAACGUAUUGCAGAUGUUACUGAAAAUCCAGAGCGAUCUAAGUUUGCUGCUCUGGGACGUGAAAUAUCAAAAGAUAUAAAGGCAGAGUGUAAGGGUGAUCGUCUCCGCGCUUUCAACCGAAGUCUUCCAAACAAGGAGCAAUGGCGCGCUCCUCGUAACGACACCAAAAAUAUGUGGCGUUCGGCUCGCCACGUACCCAAAGAUCUCGUUACUUUAAGAACUGUUUGGGAAGGAAUUACUAACCUUAGGAGCGUUAAAGAAUACUGCCGUUGGAUGAUAGAACAUCCCGAAUACCGUAGAGCUCCUUACCUGAAAAGUCUCGAUAUGUUCGACUCCAAGGUUCUCGAUGCAAGAUUGACCUUCGAGCUGCAGCAGCAAAUGUCACCACCCCUAACGCCCUCUACCAACGAACUGGAUCGUCGCGUCGGACCUAUAGACCAGAUUCGUAGGCGGCUAUCUGAAUUAUCUGAAACUAAAUAGAAUUUUCAGUCAUU